GGAAGGGAGAGGGGUUUGAGGUCAAUAAUGGAUUUUGGAUUUUUCACGAAUUUCGGGUUUGCCUAACACUUUUAAAAGGAAAACCCAACGACUUAUCUUCAUCAAAGUUUCAUCAAAGAUUUUAACAUCAAGAAAAGCACAAGCUCUAUAAUUUAAAGAACAGGUCUUUAAAGCGAAUCCCUUUAACUUAAAGAAAAAAACCUCACUAAAUUAUUCUUAUUUUUCUGGUUUGGCUGGAGUAGGUAAAGACGACCGAAGAUCAGGAAUUCUCAGGCUUGCAUUCGGCACCACUAGGUUAGCUACAUUACAGGGCAUUGGCUGCAGGCAAAUUUGGUCCCCGCGAAAGUCUUCACGUUGUGAGGAUUUAUGGGACUCCCCUGCUACGUUCAAAUACUAAUAAAAAUAAUAGCUAAUGUUGAGUGCUUGCUAGGUAUUAAAUGUCUCUUAACCAGUAUCUGAAUUAAUCCUCCCCAAGCUACAGAAUGUGUUGGUACUAUUGGCUCUAAAUUAUGGGAGGGGGAACAUUGGGGCAUAGAAAGUUGUGUGUUUCCCAAGGUCACCAAGCUAGUAAAUGCUAAAGAGGUGAUUUAAAUCCAGCCUGAACUCCUACAGCCGUUCAGAGCAUUCUUGAGAUAAGAUCAUACAUUUGCUUCUGCCCCAGUCUCUAUUCACUAGCAUUUAGAGGCUGAGCCAGGAGAGGAUAGUAUCCACCUUUUGGACACACCACUAUUAUGUCUGGGAUUUAACAGGAAGUGUUGAUGUUCCUUUUUCAAAUUUAGUGUGUUCUGUUAAAUUUUACAAAUAUUUGACUUUGGCUAAUUUCAGGAUCUUGAAAAUCUGCCUUUGCUCUUUCAAAUGAUAACAUAUUAAAAUGUUUAAUUUUUUUUUCUUUGAUUCCCCCAAGCUGUAAGGAGAAAUAGGAAUAGGAAAGUGGAAUCCAGUACUUAGGAAGAAAUUCUCCUUUGACUCAGGAUUCCAUAGUGGGAUGAUGAAGUUCUUCCUCUGAUGAUGAAGAUGAAGGUCCAAGAGGUUAGAUACCUUGCCCAAGAGUCAAAGCCAGGGUUUAAAUAUAGUGCCAAGAGGGGCAGGCUGGAGCGAAGCUGUCCCUAGAGCCUGCGGCCGCGGCGAGGGUAACACGCCGCGCAGACGCCGGGAGACCAUGGAGGAUGCGACCAGGACCUUUGGGAAAGGAAGCUGCCCCCCGGGGCCCGUCCCAGAGGGCCUGAUCCGCGUCUACAGUAUGAGGUUCUGCCCCUUUGCGCACAGGACGCGCCUUGUCCUCCGGGCCAAAGGCAUCAGACAUGAAGUAAUCAACAUUAACCUGAGAAACAAGCCUGAAUGGUACUAUACAAAGCACCCUUUUGGCCAAAUUCCUGUCCUGGAGAACAGCAAAUGUCAGUUGAUCUAUGAAUCUGUCAUCGCCUGUGAGUACCUGGAUGAUGCUUAUCCUGGAAGGAAGCUGUAUCCAUAUGACCCUUAUGAGCGGGCUCGCCAGAAGAUGUUAUUGGAGCUAUUCUAUAAGGUCCCACAUUUGACCAAGGAGUGUCUGGUGGCCAUAAGAUGUGGGAGAGAAUGUGCUGAUCUGAAGCUAGCCCUGCGUCAGGAAUUCUGCAACCUUGAAGAGAUUCUUGGCUAUCAGAACACCGUCUUCUUUGGUGGAGACUGUAUAUCCAUGAUCGAUUACCUCUUCUGGCCCUGGUUUGAGCGGCUGGAUGUGUAUGGAAUAGCUGACUGUUUGAACCACACGCCAGCUCUCCGGCUCUGGACAGCAGCCAUGAAGCAGGACCCCACAGUGUGUGCCCUUCUCAUAGAUAGGAGCAUUUUCCUGGGCUUCUUGAAUCUUUAUUUUCAGAACAACCCUGAUGCUUUUGAUUAUGGGCUAACUUGCUGAGUCUCAGUCUCCCCCUUCACAUCCAGAAUUCCCAAGCACGUCGUGACUCUACAUCAGGGAUUGUUUUGGUGGGUCAAUCAAUCUCUGUUCAUUUUCUUUGAGGUUCUCAAUAAACGUGGAGACAGAAAAUGUA